GUUGUUGUGCUCUGUGAAGAGUCAGAGGCUACUGUCAGCUGUAGGACAAUAGGGAAGGAUCAAACUGCAGGAUAAUCACAGAUCAGAACUGCCAGUCUCUUUGCAGCCAAACCUGCCCUUGCCCUGCCACUUGGCAAAAGGUGCUGCUGCUCGCGCCAGCACAUAGCGGCUCUUGAGGCAGACACUUGCAGCGGUGGUGAGGCGUGAACUCAGAUUACACACUGCCAGCCCAGAGGGGACUCUCAAAAUAAGAUGGAGAGAUCGCCGGAGUGGAUUCUUCUUCUCUUCCUGUUCAGCCUUGGUCAUGGCUUCCCCCCAUGGGAGGACAGAAAUGCUCUAAUAGAAAAGGAGAAUAGCCGCCGAGCCGGGGGAAACAUCAUCCUCGGAGAGAGAGAAAAGGAGGCCAACAAAAAUCUGAUGAGGAUUAAAGCGGCUGAAAUAAGCCAAGCGGCCGCCACAGGGGUCUUUCCACCCAGCAUGCACUUCUUCAAGGCACGCAGCCUUAUACAGCAGAGCAAAGUGUUCAGGAUUUUAAGACAGAUGCCGAAAGGGGGUGCACUCCAUCUGCACGAUUUCGCCAUCCUGAGUGUUGAUUGGCUGGUGAAGAACGCGUCGUACCUUCAGGACUGCUACAUCUGCUUUACCGGCAGCGGAUCGGUGAGGUUCAUCUUCUCCAAACCGGCUCCGGUGGGUCAGCUGCCCCCGGGCUGUUCAGAGUGGCUGCUGCUGGAGACGUAUAGGAAGACGCUGGGAGAUGUCACCAAGUUCGAUAACAGCCUGAUCCGGAACCUGACGCUGCUAACAGACACUCCGGAGCUAGAUUACCCCAACCAAGACGUGAUCUGGCGCCGGUUCGAGGGGGCAUUCAUUGCUGCAAUCGGCCUCAUUUCCUACGCCCCGGUCCUCAAAGCUUACAUCUAUGAGGGUCUGCGGGAACUGUAUGAGGACAACAUCCAGUAUGUCGAACUGCGAGCCAUGCUGCCUUCGAUAUACGAGCUGGACGGUACAACUCAUGGCCGCUUCUGGCUGGUGGAGACUUACAGGGAUGUCACCAGGCAGUUCAUGAACGCUUACCCAGAAUUCAUGGGGAUGAAGAUCAUUUACACCGUACACAGACAUGAGAAUGCUUCCAAGGUUGGGGAUGCCAUUCGUACUGCAAUUCAGCUCAUAUCCCAGUACCCAGACACCGUUGCCGGCUUUGAUUUGGUUGGCCAAGAAGAUGGAGGUCAUUCACUCUACGAUCUUCGAGACGCCCUCAACAUCCCCAGCCAGACAGGUUUUACCCUGCCUUACUUCUUCCACGCUGGAGAGACUAGUUGGCUAGGCAUGGAUGUGGACCGGAAUGUCCUGGAUGCUCUGCUGCUGAAUACAUCAAGAAUCGGGCAUGGGUAUGCCCUCCUAAAACACCCGGUGGCCAGAGAGUUGUCACUGAAGAUGAAUGUCCCACUUGAAAUCUGUCCCGUCUCCAACCAGGUCCUUCUCUUGGUGUCUGACCUUCGCAACCACCCGGCAGCUGCCCUCCUGGCUGAUGGCCACCCACUGGUCAUCAGCUCCGAUGACCCAUCCAUUUUUGGAGCCCAAGGGGUUUCGUAUGACUUCUACGAAGUGUUCAUGGGGUUUGGGGGGAUGGAGGCCGAUCUGAGGACUCUCAAACAACUGGCACUAAACUCAAUCAACUACAGCUCGUUGUCCGCAGACGGCAAGGACAAGCUCAUGGAAAUCUGGCAGAAGAACUGGGACAAGUUCGUUGAAGAUUUAGCCAAGGAAACCUGGGGAGACAGCCAAUAGGAGACGAGGGCUUACGUACGAUGGAAGACCCGUUAUUUGGCAUCCCAUAAAGCUGCUGGAAUACCGAGUGCUUUCUUUUCUUCCAGGAAGCAAAAGCACUUCACACAACUUUGAACAAAAUAAAGGGUCACCAGUAGGAGGGGAGUGAAUUGUGUGUGAAUGGAGACAACCCUGAGUCAUAGGAGCUGUGACAGAAGACUGUGACAGAAGGAU